CGUUUUUGUGUUUAUCGCUCGCUGCGACUGAGUGAAGAUGGCGGACUCGGUGGCGUCUGGCUUCGGGGAGGAAAAGGAGACGGAAAAUAACGACAAGGAAAAAGAGAAACCGGCGGCGAACAGCAAAUUACGGCCCGAGAAAUACAAAAGCACGUUGGAGGUAACAGAAACCCUGGGAUUUUAUGAAAGAAACACUGGCAAAAGGGACAAACAGAGGAAUCUCUCAGACCUUUCACUGGUCCGCUUUAUCAGCACGGAGCUGACCCGGGGGUACUUCCUGGAACACAAUGAGGCGAAGUACACCGAACGGAGGGAGAGAGUGUACACGUGCCUGCGGAUCCCUCGGGAGCUGGAGAAGCUGAUGUUCUUCGGCUUCUUCCUGUGCCUGGAUGCCUUCCUCUAUGUGUUCACCCUGCUCCCGCUGCGGGUCUUACUGGCACUCAUCAGGUUCCUCACACUGCCAUGCUGUGGACUGAGGGCAAAUAUAUGCCCAUUCUGCAAAAAGAGGAGUGGCUCGCGUCUACUGCAGCCCGCCCAGGUGUGUGAUGUUUUGAAGGGUUUCAUCAUGGUCAUCUGCUACUCAAUGAUGCACUAUGUGGACUACUCCAUGAUGUACCACCUGAUCCGAGGCCAGUCGGUCAUCAAGCUCUACAUCAUCUACAACAUGCUGGAGGUGGCAGAUCGCCUGUUCUCAUCUUUCGGUCAAGACAUCCUGGAUGCUCUGUACUGGACAGCCACAGAACCCAAGGAGAAGAAAAGAGCCCACAUAGGAGUGAUACCCCAUUUCUUCAUGGCCGUGCUUUAUGUGUUUCUCCAUGCCAUUCUCAUCAUGGUCCAAGCAACGACGCUCAACGUGGCCUUCAACUCCCACAACAAGUCCCUGCUCACCAUCAUGAUGUCCAAUAAUUUCGUUGAGAUAAAAGGAAGCGUUUUCAAGAAGUUUGAGAAGAACAACCUGUUUCAGAUGUCCAACAGCGACAUCAAAGAAAGAUUUACGAACUACGUACUGCUACUCAUAGUGUGUCUCCGAAACAUGGAGCAGUUCUCCUGGAAUCCAGAUCACCUAUGGGUCUUAUUUCCUGAUGUCUGCAUGGUGAUCGCCUCAGAGAUAGCUGUUGACGUGGUGAAGCACGCCUUCAUUACCAAGUUUAACGACAUCACAGCAGAUGUGUACAGCGAAUACAGGGCGAGCCUCGCUUUCGACCUUGUCAGCAGUCGACAGAAGAACGCGUACACAGACUACAGCGACUCGGUGUCGCGGCGAAUGGGGUUUAUUCCUCUCCCUCUGGCUCUACUGCUGAUCAGAGUGGUGACGAGCUCGGUGAAAAUUCAGGGAUCCCUGUCUUGUGUGUGCGUGCUUCUCUUCUACCUGGGGAUGAUCACCCUCAAAGUGCUGAACAGCAUAUUGCUACUGGGGAGAUCCUGCCUGUAUGUCAAGGAGGCCAACAUGGAGGAGAAGCUGUUCCAAACCCCACCAGCAGCCGGACCCGGGAGAACUCCCAGCAAGGGCAAGUUCACAGUUCACCCAGGUGAUCUCCUAAAUGAAAACUUGUCCGCCUCUGUCACCAACCAGCCGGUCCACCGGGAGGAGAAUCUAACCGGCGAGCUGCCCAAGAGUAACUCGGAUCAGUUCCUGACCACGCCUGACGAAACCGAGGAGAAGGACUUACCUCAGGAUGGGUCCGAACUCAAGCACAGAGCUCCCAAGAAAGAUCUGCUGGAAAUAGACCGCUUCACAAUAUGCGGGAAUCGCAUUGACUAGCCGUCUCAGCCUCCUCUUCGAAUCCGCGCAGGGGAAGCGGCCUGGCGUAGCAAACACUGCCAAAACCGUUCCUUGCCAAACACGAGAGGCACUAGAGUAUUUAUUGAAAAUACGUAUAAUUUAUUGCUGACUUAAGAAUCGUAUAUACCCACAUCUCCCGUACACCGACCCAACUUCUGGAUGUCCAACAGAAGAGCCUGGUGAUAGAGGACCACGCAGUACUCCUGUGAGAAUGGUGAGCGGGGUUUGCGUGACCCCACCAUCGGGCUGCUCGCACAUAACGAUGAAGGACUCCAGAGUCUUCCCAUCUGUUAUUCGGAAGGCUCUCUGUACCAAGGAAUGCACCUAGGGCACUUCCGGAACGGAUUCGCGUCCUUUUUUUAUUGAAGAAAGCAGCGUAAAGGAUGCUGGUCAGGGACUGCGUAUCUCAUCAAUUCCCCGUUUCCCGUAUCAAAAUGCUUUGAAGUCAAAACCUGUGAAUGAGUCAGUAAUAUCCCUUUCUUCCCACUUCACCCUUGCUGUUGGGAAAGCAGCCCUCUCCGUUUUGUUUUUUUUUUUUGCCUCUUUCCUUCUUGCUUUUCGCAUUCGACGACCAUGCGAUAGUCGUAAUGCAAGCCGCACCAGUGAGUUUGUUCCGAUUGUAGUCGAGCUGGGUAACAUGUUACUGCCGGCAAUUCUUAAAAGCCUCGGCCCUUGGAUAAGUCCAAAACUAACGCCCAGAAGAAAAUGAGCUGACGCUUUCACUGGAGAUAGCAGUUUGGUGGCAUCACUAUGUUAAGAUAUCGCCUAUUUUGCAUUUACUUUAUGGUUUUGUAUUCAAAUGCACUGUAAACCUCAUAAAACAAUGUACAUAGUCCAGGAAACCUGUCCUGUUACGUACACUGAGCAUAUUUCACAGUUUAAUAUGUUAAUGUUUUUAGCUACAUUAUUGAGUGUACUAUUUGAUGUGGUUCGCAUAUCGAACUCAUUCAGAUUAGCUUUGAAUUCUGCACUGAUGUACCACGUGGUCUUAAGAUUCAGGUUUUUUUUUUUUAAACGUUUAGAUACAUUUUUCUCUACAGACACCAUUGACCACUUCAGUGUUGUUCGUAUUUCUCAUGAACAAGUCAUUUACUGGCAAUUUUCUUAGGAGUGCAUUUUGAGACUGGAGUAGAUGAAACAUGCUUUACUCUUUUGUUGGUUUUAAUAAAAUUAUGAGCUCUGAUAAACUUUCAAGAAAAUACACAUUUAUGCGAACACAUGGUAGAAGUUUUUCCCUGUACGUUUAAUUUUUUCGCAAACUGAAUGCGAUUCCAGAUGCAAUACGAGAUUAUUUUUUUUUAAUUCACAUUUGCCCUGUGUAGUCUCUGAACCAGAAGUUUUUCAUUUAUAAAAUCACAAUUCUAUUUCCACAAUGAAAUAGUCCUGGAAGAAAAUUGACCCACAGUAAGAAUUUCAUAAAUUUAAUAGAGUUUUACUUAAACGUGCAAUUAAAGUGCAUGACACACAAUGGUUUGGGUUAUAAAGCAAUUAUUUCUAAGCAACUCAGUACUAUGUAAACCAUGAUUUCCGUACCAGCAUCUACAAUAUUUCACUAGCAAAAAUGUUUGCCUUCAUUGCGUAAUAUUGAUCACGAAAUAAUGAUUAGAAUGAGGCUUCUGUUUUUGAAACAUUAGACCAUAGUAUUUUAACGAUUUGGAUGGUAUGUCAAAUAGCAUUGCAUGGAACAAUUUUGAACACUUCAAAGUAUCUUUGUAAUGUGUCGUAAGCAUUAUGAGUAAUGGUUUCACAUAUUUCAAUUUUAUGUUUAAGACAAAGAUCUGCAAAUUUGUAAGAAAUGCUUCACAUUUUUUUUUUUUUGGGGGGGGGGGAAGUAAUAAAAGUUUUUUUUUGUUAUAUUGUUAACUUAUUCCGUUGUUGAAGGGCUGCCAUUUCUUAUUUUAAUUAGGUGAUGUGUCUUACACUUUUCUAUCGAGAUGGAAAUGUCCCCAAAAUAUAUUUUUUUUAAUUCACCCAAGUAACAUAUUAUUGUUCUGUAAGGGUGGGGGGGACUGUAGACCUUAAUUGGAUGUGUGUUGAGAUUUUUUGGAAGGUUGGGUUUCGCCUGCCGGGGCUGAUUGUUGAUGUCUAUGGCAUACAGUGACUAUGCAGUGAGAACGUCAGUCCUUAAAGAUGGCAUUGAGGGAAGGCACAGAGGAAGGAAGAGUGAGUGGCAGUGGCCUGACAGACGUGUUGGCGUAAAUGAUCAGUUUAUCUGCCUCCUUGAAGGGCACCAUACAUCUUGAUGUUGUGUUCGUCGUGCAGCUCAACUUAAGUCACACGGAUGGAGGAAAUCAACCGCUAAGUUAACUUUUAUUUGCUAUCGGUUUUUCUUUGAUGUAAGGAACAUAUUCAGCUUGGAAAGUCAAAAAGAUUGGCAGUCUGUGUAGGGUAUGUACAUGGGGCCUCAGACCUUGCAGUUGACGGACACAUUCAUGCCGUAAAUUUAACCAUAAACGCAUAGGUUUAACUUCUCAGACAUAGUUUGUUAGCAUGACAAAUUAAUUUUCUUGCUCCAAACUAGAUAAUGUGAGCAGACAGCCACACUGUCUUAUAAAGUACAUUUUACAAAUGUACCUAACAUUAAGUUCCUCUCAAUAUUGAACCGCUAGAAUGCGGUAUUACAGAAAAUGAGUUUAAGAAAACCCUGAGCUUAAUUUUGAACUGAGCAUUAUGCAGCAAACCCUGAAGUAUCGGUAUGAGAAUGACGAUGUUGAAUAUGGGUAAUCAAAUUCGGGGUGGACUGACCCCAAUUUUUGCAUAUUCCCAGUGAACUUAAAAAGCUGUUAUGAAAAGGACAUUUAACACUGGGAAUCACCAUGGAUGUGAGCAACAAAAAACAAUGGUAGAGCUUUGUAUUUCGUGCAAUUGGAAUGUGAAACAUGAAUGUCUGCCAAUACAGACUAUGAAGAACACAGCUGCAUCAGCAAAAGAAUGGCAGUUUUCCUUGGCAAAAAAUUGCUGACCGAGUCAAUGUGCGUGUUUAUAAAACUGUUGUAUAAAGUUGUAUAAAGGCUAUUUUACUCAUUAAACAUUUGCCAGACCUGUGUGGUCUGAAAUGAU